GAUUCAUCAAUCCAUCACAUCUCAUCAACCCAUCUCGAUCCAUCUCGAUACAUCUCGAUUUCGUCUAAUAUCUAUCACUCUAUCAAAAUGGUUGUCCCCAAGGUUGGAAUCAACGGCUUCGGUCGUAUCGGCCGUAUUGUCUUCCGUAACGCUAUCGAGCACGAGGGUGUUGACAUCGUUGCCGUCAACGACCCCUUCAUUGAGGUCCACUAUGCUGCCUACAUGCUCAAGUAUGACAGCACCCACGGCCGCUUCAACGGCACCGUCGAGUUCGACGGCAACACGCUCAUCGUCAACGGCAAGAAGAUCAAGUUCUACGCAGAGAGGGACCCCGCUCAGAUCCCCUGGAGCGAGACUGGCGCCGAGUACGUCGUUGAGUCCACUGGUGUCUUCACCAAGCAGGAGAAGGCCUCCCUUCACCUGAAGGGUGGUGCCAAGAAGGUCAUCAUCUCCGCUCCCUCUUCCGACUCCCCCAUGUUUGUCAUGGGUGUCAACAACGACCAAUACACCAAGGACAUCACCGUCCUUUCCAACGCCUCUUGCACCACCAACUGCUUGGCUCCCCUUGCCAAGGUCAUCAAUGACAAGUUCGGCAUCGUCGAGGGUCUGAUGACCACAGUCCACUCCUACACUGCUACCCAGAAGGUCGUCGAUGGCCCCUCCAACAAGGACUGGAGAGGUGGCCGUACCGCUGCCCAGAACAUCAUCCCCAGCUCCACCGGUGCUGCUAAGGCAGUCGGCAAGGUCAUUCCUUCCUUGAACGGCAAGCUCACUGGCAUGUCUAUGCGUGUGCCUACUUCCAACGUCUCCGUUGUCGACCUUACUGCCCGUCUCGAGAAGGCCGCCACCUACGACGAGAUCAAGCAGGCCGUCAAGGAGGCCUCUGAGGGCCCUCUGAAGGGCGUCCUCGGCUACACUGAGGAUGACGUUGUCUCCUCCGAUCUCAACGGAGACCCCCACUCCUCCAUCUUCGAUGCCAAGGCUGGUAUCGCCCUCAACUCGAACUUCGUCAAGCUCGUUUCCUGGUACGACAACGAGUGGGGUUACUCCCGCCGUGUUAUCGACCUCAUUGCCUACAUCGCCCAGGUCGAUGCCCAGUAAUUAUUAGGACGGCGUCCUGAGACGAAAAGUCUCCUAUGAAAUCAGAAUGAGCAAUCCCUCAACGUACUAUCCCCACUUCAGCUGAAGUCCCUGGGCCACCGGCAGAGGCCUACGAGGUCAGGCGCUGCAGGGGUUGGACUCACGACAUACUGCUCGGAUUACGAAGAACUUGUUUGGUAGAUAAAAUUCAUAUAACGUAUUAAUGAAUUGUAAAGAUUUUUUUUUCCCCCU